AUGACAUUACCUGAAACAUUCGAUGCGAGAGAAAAAUGGUCAAAUUGUCCAUCCAUAAGGAAGAUAUAUAAUCAAAAGAGCUGCGGAUCUUGUUGGAUGUUCGGUACCGCAACCACCGCUACUGAUCGAAACUGUAUCCAUGCAAAUACCAACAAAGAUCUCUCUGAACAGGAUUUGAGUUGCUGCAGCGACUGUUAUGAAGGUGAAUUGUGUUCCGGUGGCCAUCCUGAUAAAGCUUUUGACUUCUGGAUCAAUAACGGCCUCGUAAGUUAUAACUGCCAACCUUAUAACGAUUUCGCAUUAGAGAACCAUGAAUACUGUUCCCAGACUUGCCUAAACGGUGCAGAUUAUAAUCAGGAUAAGAACUACGGUGGUCGUGUUUACAGUGUACCAUCUGAUGAGAAUCAAAUUAAAGCUGAACUUGUCACCAAUGGACCUAUAGAAGCAGUUUUUGUUGUUUAUAGUGAUAUUGAAGAAUACACUCAUGGAGUUUACAUUCACUCGUACGGUGAGCGUAAGGGCUUACACAGUGUUCGUGUCAUUGGUUACGGGGAAGAAGAUGGUACAAAAUAUUGGUUGGUAGCUAAUAGUUGGGGCACAAGAAAGGGUUUGAACGGAAUUUACAAAAUGAAGCAGUUCCAACCAGAAAUAGGACUAGAAGAUAACUUACUUGCAGCAAUGCCAAAAGGUUUUUAA